AUGUUGAGAUUGACGGCCUACAUUCCUCAUCAUCCACAGCCACCUGCCCCACAGCAUGCAGUGUUUGAGCCGAUUCCUUAUUAUAUACCACAGCCACCGGCCUACAGUCAUGGUUGCCAUCACUCUCAGGGCAGUCACCACUCUCAGCACAGCCACCACGCUCAGAGCAGCCACCAUUCUCAGCACUCUCAGCACAGCCCCCACGCUCAGAGCAGCCACCAUUCUCAGCACAGUGACCACUGUCAGUCCGGCCAGCAUCAUGAUCCCAUACUUACCAUUCCUUCCGGUACAGAUUGGUUUGACUUCUCUAGCGGCGGAGAGGCUGGUUUGGGUGGCUGGUCAGAUUUUAGUGGUAUCCCUUCACUGUCGGUGUCAGCUGAUCCACAUAGGGCAUUAGUAGAUAUGGCUCAUGGUUUGCAGGGUCGUACUUCCGACCGCACGUCAGGGAGUGCGUCAUGUGAUAGUGGUUUUAUGCAGCGUCAGCGGGCAUACACAGUUGUUGACACGUUCAACCCCGGAUCAUCCGCUCCAGCAGAGGUAGGCGGGUCGGCCGCUUCGACAGAUGCAGGUGGGUCGGCCGCUCCUACAGAGGCAGGUGGUUCGGGAGCUCCGAGGGUGGAUGACUUAGUUUGA